GGUGGAUUAAUUUCAGCAGUACUUCUCUGUCUGCAAGUCAGACAGAACCCAACAGAGCGACUGUAACCAUGGCGGAGGGGGAGGUUAACUACGCUUCGGUUGUAUUCAAAAGUAACAAACAUCCUCCACCCCAAGCUAGAAAGGAGGAGGAAACUGUGUAUGAUGAAGUGAAGGUGCAGAGUAAAACAACUGAAGAAACUGCUGACACAAACGCAGGAUUGUUGCUAGAAAAGAAAGCAAACAACAGACGUCUCCAGUAUCAGCAGCUGGCCUGUUGUUUGGGGAUUCUUUGUGUCAUUCUGCUGUUGGGUAUCAUAGCAGUCAUCGUCGUCUACCACCUUGCUACACUAAGUCAUCAGAGUGAUGAAAGUGAGCUGAUGGCUGCCAAUCGCAACCUGACAAACCUCAACAACAAACUCAGCUUAGACAAUGAAAAGUUGAGGAGGGACAACAACAAUCUGACAGUCCAGUUGGGCAACCUGACACAAAACUAUACUGUCUUAGAAAGUAAGAUCACAAACCUGACUGCAGACGUCAAGAACCUGACAACACAAAACCUGCAGCUGAACUCACAAAACCAGGAGCUGGAGACACAGAGGAAGAACUUAACAGAACGAAUACAAGACAUGGAGACAACCUGGAAUAAACUCAACGUCAGUCGAGCUCAGUGGAGCAUUGAUGUCUACUGCCCCAAAACAAAUAACGGGAGACAGUGUAACGCUUGUCAGAAUGGCUGGGAACUCAGUGGGUCUAACUGCUAUGUGUAUCAUAACGCUGCUCCUGCUGAUCGGAAAACCUGGGAAGAAGCUCAACAAGUCUGCAGAGGAAAGAGUUCAGAUUUGGUUGUUGUACAUAGUCAAGAGGAAAAGACUGCUCUCAAUAAAUACAGCGUGGGUAGUUCAGGAACUGAUGGAUACUGGUUUGGCCUGAGAGCUGAAGGUGGGAGAUGGAAGUGGAUUGAUGGAAGUAAUCUGACUGAAAGCUACUGGACACCACAACCUCCUCCUACUGCUACUGAUGGUCAGUGUGUAAUGUCUGUCCAGAACGUAGGAUGGAGAUCAGUGAACUGUACUGAGAAAAAACAAUGGAUCUGCAUAAUGAAGGUUUUAUCUCUUUAAACACUGCAGUCAGACUCUGCAUGAUAAUAUCAAAUGGCUUAUAAAUAUCAAACUGUAAAGUCUUCUACUUCACUAUUUAAAUGUUUUUUUUGUUGUUGUUUUUUUAAAUAAAAAGGAACAGGGCUUUUAUUUUUAUAGAAAAAGAGAAAAUAAAUAUUUACAGUGAAUUAUUUUGUAAAGCUGUUUGUGUGUCUCAGAAUAAAAACAGACACUUAGAUUUGAAUACAUUUAGAUAUUUGAUUAUAUAGGUAUGCUAAUGUAAGUCUGUGAAACAUACAGUGACUAGACUGAAGGGGCACUGUUAUCAUUGAUACCUGUUGAAUGAGCUUUUGUUCUGCUUUGUUAGAGAUGUGAUGAUUAUAAUUUGUAUAUCAGCAGAUUGAUGACAGGGACAGACAGACUGCUCAGUCUCCUGUUUCCUAUGUAUCAUGUAACAUAUAUUGUUGCUACUCAUUGGCCAAAAUGGAGGCACUGCAUCACUUGUUCUCAACAGAAUGUCCUCAGAGCUUUUUUCUUCAGCAUGUUAGGAAUAUUAAUGUGUAAAAUGUUUUCUAUUUAUCUAUCUAGAAGCAAAUUCAUGUUUUAUUACAUUGAAUAAAAACGCUGCGACACAU